AAGAACACACAAGUUACACUAGGGGAGGACGUGUCUCAGUCCUUCAGCCACGCCGUCGCGCGGCCGAGCGCUUUGGUGGCGACCAUGUCCACGAUGAGGCCCGGGACGACGCGCGUCGCCUCGAUCGACGCAGCUAGGCUGACGCGCGUCUUGUCGCCGACGCGCUCGACGACCCAGGCGCCCGAGCACCGUUUGACGGCCGGCGAGGCCCGGUCCAAGUCGAAGCGCAGCACCUGGGCGCCCCUACUAUCGGUCUCCUCCGCCAGCACCAAGUCGCACGGCAAUCUAAAUUUGGUCACGGAAAAGUGGCAGGUCCGCGUCGUCUCGUCGAGCCAUUCCCGCGUUUUUGAGGUCUUGAUGCCUCGCAUCAGACCAGACCAGCCGUCGACGUCGCGCAGCCGCUGCCACACUUUCUCUAACGGUUCAUUAGUCUCGACGACGUGGACGCACUGGCCGCCGCGGCCUCGUCUAUCCUUGCGCUGGACCUCGCCGUCCCUUGCCAGUCGUAAUUGCUCCGUGCGCGUUAAGAGAGGUGCCGACGACGGCACGGCCGGGCCCCUUUUUUGUGGUGCGGGCGGCGCGAUUUUAAUGCCAGGCGAAACGACGACAUUGACCGAAGGAUUGAGAGCUACGGCGGGCGCUAGGACCAGCGCCAAAGCCGAGAGCCGCACCAUGGCAGUGCAGGCUGUGCCAGAGGGGCCGCGGAAGCAGCGUCCUUGCGACGGUUGCAGUGGCCGGUGCCUCUGGUGCCUCCGAAGAGCUCGGAAUCGCACGACGCUCGCCGACAGCUACGUACGCGCCGUUUUG